UACAGAAAUUGGCCGACAAUAGUGUAUAGUGUUGCACGUUACCUACCUCCUCUACUCAAUUCAUUUUUACUUGGAAAUAAGGUAAUAGUUCUGUUUUUGUUCUGUUCGCUUAUUUGACAAGUAAACCUCUCGCAUCUCUUUAUUAAGGAUAUCUAGCUAAAACAAUAAAUCUUUGAAUUGACCAAUUCGUUGUGAAAUGAGUUCCGAUAAACAACAGAAAAGUCUAAACCAAGGUGUAUAGAGAAAUAGGUCUAAACAACCUUCAAUAGCUCAUGGUUCAUCAUGAGUAGUGGGUGGUCGGUCGAAUUGGUCAAUGAGGUCAUCUUAUUCAUGUUAAUCAAGCAAUGGUUUGCCUGUUGCUGGGCGUGCGAACCAAAUGAGGCGUGCUUUGACAACUUUCGAAUCACUCAUUGUGUUUCGGAUGGGAUUAAUUAUCAACAACCUGAAAUAUUUGUAGAAAACAACUCAUCGAUGGCGAUGUGUCACAAAUCUUGUCACGAGAACCUUGAAUGUGAACAUGUGACUUAUAACUCACAGGAAAGAAUAUGUUACGGGAGAAGCAAGAAAUCUGAGGUCCACUUGAGCGACAACCCAAACAUGCACACAAUGCCAAAAUUUUGCGUUCCAGGGUGUUCCAUUGAUGCCACGGAUUUCCUAGGAAACGAUAUCGGUCAGAGCGUUAAAACGGCAGAUCCGAUGGAAUGUCAAACAAAAUGUCAAGCAAAUCCGGAAUGUAUGGCAAUUGUCUGGGCUCACCCAUGGAGCUCAUUUGUGGGCAAUGCUUGUUACUUGAAGCAUUCAGUGGCGGCAAAUGGAAAGAAUCAUAACUCGGCUGCUAUUGCAAUGCCAAAGUAUUGCUUGGGACAAACAAGGCUAUCUGGAGAUUUCUACCGAUUCAAGGACUCGAGAUACAAAUUUGUCAAUCAAAGACGAAGGGAGUGGGAUGCAUCGAGAAAAUGUCAAACUCUUCAAGGGAAAUUAGUUGCCAUGGAAACUGCUGAAGAAUAUGCCUUCAUUCAGUCUGCUGUUUUCCAAUUGAAUUUUUUCAAUUCGACGACUUUUUCGGGAGAUUAUCGCAUUGGCUUAAGCUGGACAAAAUGUAAUGGCUGGCGUUGUUCCUCCCACUGGACUGGUUGGGGUUGGAACUCUGAGAAGCGCUACGACAAAAAUGUGUUCAACGUCUGGUGCUCAGGUCCACAUUCAUCUGGCUCUUCUACUAUCUUUGUUGCUGAUCGCUCCUGUGUGAAACAAGAGUCCUCCCAUUCCCAAAAUGUGGCACACUUGAUUUGCGAGUUAAAAGGUUGUGAUGGUUUAAGCCCACCCUCCUUUCCAAAUACCAAGCGCAGCAACAGAUUCGGUGGUGGUCAUGGUUCUGGUUACAGGGUAUUUCCCGGAAAUAACUUUGCUCCAACGUUUCCCCAGGAAAUAAGACCUAUUCGGCAAAUAAAGCGUGCUCGGGAAAUCUGAUGCUCUUUGGUGUUGCUCUGCCGAUCUCUAACCCUAAGAUCGUCUCAAAAUGACACUUUCCUUCUUUAUAACUCAACGAUAAAGAAGGGCCUUGGAACCGAUUUGCCAUGACUCUUGCCUCAACUAAAGAGACUCAAUUCUACAUAAAUAAAUGUUGUUCCCUCGAUUUAUUUAACCAAAGGGAACU